AUGGGUAGCAAUCAAAAAAGUACUUAUUCAUUCAAGUUCAGGAAUCCAAAGCUAGGAUUGAUUAAGGGGUUGAUCUCAGAUGUGAAAAAAAUCAGAAGGAACAACUUUUGUGUUGAGUAUGGUGACCUAUUGACUAUCAUGAACACUGAAGUGGAUGCUUGGGCCAUUUUCACUUUGGCACAAUUAUAUGAUCCUCCCUUGCGGUGUUUCACAUUCCAGGACUUCCAGUUGGCGCCAACACUGGAAGAGUUCUCACAUAUAGCAAACAUUAGUAUCAAGGAUGAAGUCCCUUACACCGGUCUAGGGGGAUUUCCUACACAUCAACAAAUAGGUUCAUCUAUACAUCUAGAUAAAGCGGAAGUGAAAGCUAAUCUUGGACCAAAAGGAGACACUUUGGGCUUCACUUUGAAGUUCUUAGUGGGAAAAGCUUCAGAUUUCAAAAGUAAAGAAGAUUGGGUCGCUUUCAAUGUUGUGUUAGCCUUGAUACUCUAUGGGAUUGUCUUGUUCCCGAACAUUGAUGACUUCGUGGACAUGACUGUUAUACGCAUCUUCUUGCUCAAGAAUCCCAUUCCCACCUUGCUUGCAGAUGUUUAUCACUCCAUCCAUUGGAGAAAUGAGAAGAAGGGGGGGAUGAUCCAGUGUUGCGCUCCUUUACUGUAUAAAUGGUUUUUAUCUCACUUACCAAGCGAAGGGCCUUUUGUUCAGAACAAGGAUAACCUCAAGUGGUCUCAAAAAAUCAUGUCUCUCACUGCUAAUGACAUCACCUGGUAUUCUCGUGUUUAUGAUGAUGUGGACAUAAUCGUUAAAUGUGGCAACUUCCAUAAUGUGCCACUCAUAGGAACUCGAGGUUGCAUCAAUUACAAUCCUGAGCUUGCUAUGCGACAACUUGGGUUUCCUAUGAAUGACAAACCAAAAGACAAGUUGUUAGAAGGUUUCUUGCUGGGAGAAGGAGUGAAGGACUUUGAUCUGGUGAAGAGGAUAGGUCGUGCCUGGACUAAAGUUCGUAGAGAAGGAAAAAGGGAGCGUGGAAAGAAGAAUUGUAUAGCUAGAGGGCCAUAUACAAGUUGGGUCCAAGCCAGAGCUUCUCAAGACAAACUACCAUACCCUUAUGAGCCUCCAAUGCAUACAAAUCCUCCAGAACCUACUCACGUCACUAUGGAGGAAGCUAAAGAGCUCAAAGUUGUCAUCCAAACAAAUGUGGAAAGGACUGAUAAGGAGGAAUAUAAGAGAAAAAGAGUCAAACAGGGGUUAGAUCAGGCUGACAGCUGCUUGAAUACCGUCAAAAGCCAACUGAAAGAGGCUGUGAGGGAUUGUCGUGAGAAAGAGAAAUGGUGGAAGCUCGCCACAAAACAAAAGAAGGAGAUAAGAGAGACGCUUGAGGCUGAGAUAGCCAACCUCAGUGUUUCACUCUUUGAAUCAAAAGAAAGGGAAGAACGAGAACGCCGCAGUAAAGAGAGUGUUAUGGCUGCUACUCAGGUUACACCUGAAAUGUGGAAAGGAAAGUGCCAGAAGGCUGAAAAUGCUAAUGAGUGGGAACGAUACUGGAGAGGCCGACAUGACUCUUUGCUACAAGAAGGUGAAGAUUGGAUGAAUGCAAGGGAAAAUGUGAAUGCUAGUUUGGAAGCCUGCGAGGAAACCAUCCAGUUUUUACAUGAACAAAGAAAUGAGUAUCGAGACAAGUUUGCCAGUUUGAUAGACUUCUGUAAUGGCAUGGCUACGAAUGUGCCUUUUAUGCUAAGAUGUGCUUUGGAAGACAUAGACAAUGACAACAUCCCUCAUUCAGUGACUGAAUUUAUUUAUCUUUGUGAAGACAUGAUGAAAAGGUUCAAAGGAGAGUUGGAAGAUCUCAACAAACAGAAGCCUGCAGUUUGA